AUGGACACCCAACCGCACUGCAGCCUGUCUUUCCACUGGCCGCGACAAGAUCUGGAUCAGCUCCUGUGCGUGCGUGCCCUGGUCUCAGAUGCCUUCAACUGCACCUCGAAGGACGCCUACGUGGCCACACACUGGUCCGGUGGCAUGCAGAUUGAUAUGCCGCGCUCCUACAGUCUGAAGCUUCGGUUGCCAAGACGUUCAGCGUCCUCUGCGUCAACAGCUGCCCUGCUCACUGGCGGCAGCGUCCCAGACGCACUCUUCCUCCGCGUCAGCAUCGUUCUACGCUCGGCCACCUUCUUCAUCAUUGUCACUGACGCCUCCCGGCUGCCUCCGCUCUAUCGCAUCGAGAACCGCAGUUUGGUUUCGCUCUUCUACUUACAGGCCAUUGGUGGAGUC